UUCUUUGACACCAUAUGAAGCCAAGAGAGAGACUUGACCGCACAAAGCGACACCACUGCCCAACCCACGCGCUUUAAAGCUCGCGCCCCGACGGCCACAGUUCUUCGCCAUCUCCUCCUCCCCUGUUCGUCGCCGCGUCGAUUUCGGUGGCUGUCUUUUGCUCUUCCACUGGUAAUUUGCGGAGCGAUUGGGAGCAGCGGCGCACAAAGCUCUUGCCUUUUCUAUUUGUAGGGGGUGAUUACAGCCUUUCCGGAUCCCCGGGCCACCCAAUUCUGCCCGAGGUCGUUUGGGUGAUCCUCCUUCCCAUUACCCCGACUGCGGGGCUCCUAUUGCAUCCCCGAUUUCGCCCCCAGUUUCCUUCAUCCCGGAGGCCUGGGCAAUGCCGUAGACCCGGCCGCCGCGGAUGGGCUGCGUCGCGUCGAAGAAUGUGGUCUCGGUUACCCCGGCGGUUGAUUCCUCCGGUAUCCUGCGGGACCACCGGGAGCGGUCGGGUCCGAUCUCGACGUCAUCGCAGCGGUACCAGACCGUACAGGUAACCAGGCCUGCAUGUCUGUUGAGGAAGGAAGAGAAGGAGGGGAAUUGCCUAGAAUUGGAGGAACAUGGGAAAGCGAGCGCCGGUUGUACCACGUCGCAGAGCUUCCGGCUAGAGAAUCUUAACAAGUAUAUCGAAGGGGAGCAGGUCGCCGCCGGAUGGCCCUCUUGGCUUAGUGCUGUUGCCGGGGAUGCUAUUCAGGGUUGGGUGCCUCUUAAAGCUGACUCCUUUGAGAAGCUGGAGAAGAUUGGACAAGGUACUUAUAGCAGUGUGUUCAGAGCACGUGAUCUCGACACAGGAAAAAUUGUCGCCUUGAAGAAGGUGCGCUUUGACAAUUUUGAGCGAGAAAGUGUUAGGUUUAUGGCAAGGGAAAUAAAGAUACUGCGCUGGCUUGACCAUCCAAAUAUCAUUAAAUUGGAAGGAUUGAUUACUUCUCGGUUAUCAUGCAGUCUCUACCUCGUAUUUGAAUAUAUGGAACAUGAUCUUGCAGGACUGUCAUCCUCUCCUAACAUUAAAUUCUCUGAAUCUCAGGUCAAGUGCUACAUGCAACAGUUGCUAUCUGGACUUGAGCAUUGCCAUUCACGUGGUAUUAUUCACCGUGACAUAAAGGGAGCAAAUCUACUAGUUAAUAAUGAGGGGGUUGUGAAAAUCGCUGAUUUUGGUCUGGCAAAUUUCUUCAGUCCUGGGCAUAGCCAACCCCUAACUAGCCGUGUUGUGACUCUAUGGUAUCGGCCGCCUGAACUACUUCUGGGUUCCACUAACUAUGGAACAACUGUAGAUUUGUGGAGCAUCGGUUGUGUAUUUGCAGAAAUGUUUGUUGGAAGACCUAUCUUGCAAGGCAGAACUGAGGUUGAACAACUACAUAAAAUCUUUAAGCUUUGUGGUUCUCCACCAGAUGAAUACUGGAAUAAGUCUAAGUUACCCCAUGCUACGAUCUUUAGACCUUAUCAUCUCUAUGAGAGUAGCCUCCUGGAGACAUUCAAAAGUUUACCAGAAAGUGCCAUUAGCUUGUUAGAGACCUUUUUAUCUAUUGAACCAUUUAAGCGUGGUACUGCCACAAGUGCCCUUGAAGUGGAGUAUUUCAAAACAAAGCCUUACGCUUGUGAACCCUCAAGCUUGCCAAAGUACCCACCCACCAAAGAAAUUGAUACAAAGAGUCGUGAUGAGACACGCAGAAGAAGAGUUACUGGCAGAGGGCAAGGAUCAGAAGCCACGAAAAGAACCUCGAGAACACAUAGAUCUUCAUGGGCAUCAAGUGGACUCAGUAAAAUAGCAGACAGUAAAGAGGAGUCCGAGAUCAGUGCUGGAAAUGUAAAGAAAGAUCUUCCAAGAGUAGAUAGUGAAACCAGACUGUUUGUAGAUCUCCAGCCAAUGCCAUCAGUUAAAUGUCCAGAGGAAGGUCAUCGUGCAAAGUGCAACUCUCAAGAGGAACUUGCUUUUCCAGGGCCAUUACUUGUUUCUGCUUCUAGUGGCUUUGCAUGGGCAGGACAGAGAGUAGGUGAUGCAUAUGGUAGAUCUGACAGUAGGUCUAGCUCAAAAAGCCAUUUUUCUUGUGAAAGAAAUUCGUCCAAUAUUGAAAAUAUUAAAAGCAAGCUUGACUACAAGGGACAAGAAAAUGUUGAUCUGCAUGUUGGUUCAAAAGGUCAUGUACCAUAUGAGUUGGCCAAGUGCGCAAUGCUGAACAGAUGGACACAAUUAGACCAUCCAGAAUCAUUUGACUCUUCAGAUGCAUAUUAUUCCCAGGAGAUGUCAGAAGCCCUUUGCAAGGGAGAUCCAUCAUCAAUGCGACAUAACAAUUUGGGUUACCAUGAUCAAGACAGAGUUGAGUUCUCAGGACCUUUGUUGUCUCAAUCUUGCAAGGUUGAUGAACUUCUACAAAAGCAUGAGCGCCACAUCCGCCAAGCAGUUAGGAGAUCAUGGUUUCAAAAAGUGGCAGGGAGAAAGCAAGGGAAGUAGAAAGCCAGGGUAGCUUGUUUUGUAAUCGUAAAAAACUAUAUCCGCAAAACAAAACCCUUGGAUCAAUCAGGAUUUGACCAACAUCUACUAAGACGGUAAAGGUAGUUAACCCCAACAGUGAUAUCUAAUAUUAGGUAGAAGCUGCCACAGCAGUUUGUACCAAAGUCUACUACCUGCUGAUGGAUUACAAGGUCAGAAAAGACAAGCGGCAUCUGAUUCAUCCACACUGACUGCCGGCAGUGACUGAAGCUCUUUUGUUCAAAAGGCGAUGAGACCAAUCAAUUCCUUGAAAGUGACUCUAAUUGUGGUGCUCUGUAAAAGCCAAUCUUCUGUAGAUCAAUAUAUGAACUCAUGAUUCCUGUGUUAGCAUCAAUAGCAUUAAUCCAAUCUUCAUUCACUUUAUGAUGUAAAAACUAAAUGUAUGCUGGAAGUUCGACAGUAAACGAAGCAUUUUUUUUUUC